AUGUUAUUUUCUGUCCGUUUGGUGUUUUCGCUCCCGUCUCUCCGCGCACGAAGUUCCCGCAGGAGCGGGAUCGGCACUGCCGAGUCACGAUGGGCGUCGGGGCCCGGCCCGAGGUGCGGAGCUGCCUCCGGGAGCCGGGACCGGGACAGCUUUCAAGUUCGGGGAGGGGACGGCACGGAUCGCUGCCUCCCCCGGCCGGGGGAACGAUCCCGCUCCGGCGGGGUCCCCGAUGGCCCCGGGGCGGGGGCUCUGCGCUGGCGGUGGGCACCGGCCAGAAAAAGGGGUUCAAUUAAAGAUAGCGGUGAGCAGUGGUCGCCUGCGCCUGAUGGGCGAGCUGAGGGCUGGGUCUUUGCGGGCGAGAUGAGAGGUUCAUGUCUUCAACUGGCCUACAAAGUCCCAGUUCUCGGCUCCCGGGACCUGCCGGGCGCGCAGCGGGCGAAGACGGAGCGCGGCGGCGCCGCUGGCGCUGCCCGGGGCCGCUCGGGCGGGACGCGGGGCCCGGCCCGGGCGGCUCGGCUCGGGGGCACGGCGGGCGCUGCUCGGGCGGCCCUCGGGGAGCGCGGCUUGCCCGGCGCCGGGGCCGGCGGGUGUCCCGGCUCCCCGCGGGCAGAGAACGGAGCUGGUUCUCCGCGAACCGAGCAUUUCAACUGCUUUUCUUAAAGCUGAAUUCUCUAUAAACAAGGAAUGACUAGAAACCCUGAGCUGAGUCCCAGGUCUGGCUUAACUUUGUAAGGCACACUGAGGCUGCUCCACUUAAGGUAUGGUAUGAACCAGGAGCUGAUCCCGUGGCUGUGGAAUGAGUGUUCACAUGGAGUCAUCCUGCCAUAGCUAUUGCAGCUGCUGGGUAAGCAAGCCCUAAAGGACAAUCCAUGUCCCAGUGACUGUGUGACAGAUAAGACACAAUGGGCACAAGGAAGGUGCUGCUAUCAGUGAAGGAUGGAUACUGUUCAACCCACCGGGAAUAAAGAAACCUGGGCUGUUCAAGGCCCCACGGAACUGGGAGUGUCCUUCGUGUCAGCUGAAAAGUGACACUUUUGGAACUGUUUGUGUCCAGACUUCCCACUUUUACACCUUUGAUUUCUGAGACUGCCUCAUCACAGGAAACCCCAGUUCUGCUGCUCCUCUCCAGAAGGAUUUCUGUAUCCAGCAACUCUUGUGUCUUUUUUGGACACUGAAACGAGAUAAAAGGGCUUGAAUGUUUCCUUGGCAAGAUGGUUGGAUGGAAUUAGUUAAAUCUGUUCUGAUUCUGACACCUACAGCAAACUGACCCAAUCAUCUCUUCUGCUAACAGGCUGCAAAGUAACACUCUACUACUGUGGAAUAUUCUUUGUGAUGAAAACAGGAGGAUCAGGAAUGGGGGUUUGUAACAUUUUUGGAUGAGUUUCUGUUACAAUUUUUAUCUUUAGUAUCAACACUUUAAAUAAGAAUAUUUAUAUGUUAAAAUAAACAUAUUUUUUGCCCUGGAAUACGCCUCCCCAGCGUCUUCCUACUCAGCUCUGCCACUGUGAAGAGAACCCACCCAUGGAUUUUAAGGUCAGAAGGACGAGUCAAAACUUCUAACAGAGGAUGCGCAGAGAGCAACUCCUGCAGUUCCUCCUGCAGCCCAGGCCCUGAUGAAUGGAUGUUAUGUGCUAUGGGAACUUUGCCUAUAGAAAUGUCUGAGGAACUGUUCCAGGGCUUUAUAACCUUGUGUCUUUUUCCUUGUGGCAAGCUGCAAGUUGCCCACUUAUCCGGGCUCUGUGGACAAAACCCUUCAUGUGUGUGACUGCAUGGCAGAGCACCGUGGUUUGGUGCUGGUUUUGUCAGUUCUGUUCCCAAAUCUCCCCAAGUUGCCACGCUGCCUGUCAGAGAGGAGAGUUGGUGCAGCAGAGGUCUUAGGGUCACUUGGUACAUGGCCAGGAGUUCACAUGCAGGAUCCUUUGUGCACAUCCUGCAGUGGGAUCCAGCCCUGCUGGUCCCUCUUUAACAUUUGAGGACACUGUCAACGGACCCAAGUCCAUUUCUUAGUGCUCACACUAAGCCACUAUGACUUCAAGAACAAAUCUGACUAGAUUGAAUUUUCUUUCUUUUUAAAGUUCAGUGUCACUUAGCACCUCCAAUUUAGCUUGAAAAAAAGGCAGAAAUACCUAAAAGUGUUUUGAAAAGUCCAUGCAGGCAACUAUGGGGGCUUUUCAGACUCAGGUGAUGCCCUCAGCUUCCACUGCUGUCAAGCUCUGCCCCAGACUUCCUUCAAGUUGUCAUCCCUAGUCUGUGCUAAGCGUCAUGAACAUGAAAAUAGAUCCUGCUGAAAUAAAACACCCAUGUCCUCACAUGCACACAAUUUUUUCUCUGAAAAACAGGUAACAGCAGAUGAACUAAGCCUGAGUCACCAGUGAUGCUGCUUUGCCCAUCCUUGGAAGGUGCAGAGCAUCUGGAUUGGCGACAGCGUUACCACUGCCCACAAAGAACUGACCCAAGGCAGCACAGAGCAAAGGGUGCAGGGUGAGAUCCCAGCAGGGAAAAGGGAAAAAACUAGAAAUUUCUCUUCAAGUACAAGUAAUUCUGUUAAUGCCUGCAAGGAGUCUCUCACUGCAGGCGAUGCUUGCCUUGCACUGUUAUCAGCUGCUUUCAGUGCACAGCUCCUGUCCAGAACAGUUUAAUGUGGUACAUUCAAUCAAAUGGAAAUUGUAUGUCAGACACAUACAUGGAAUAAAAUUAGAGUAGAAAAUACACUUUGCAGGCAAAUUCAUUUUAUUUCUUUUAUUGCAGCCCUGUGGUACUUCGAUGUAGUUUCUGAUGAAUAAAUAGCCACUUCACAGAGGAAAUAGUUAUUUUGGCAAACUUUCGUCUAGUUUAAACAUUUGAUUUUCAGCAAGACUGAAUAAAUCCAAGCUUUCAAGGAACCUUCAGCUUUAGCAGGUGGUUACUGGGCUUUUUCUUUUUAAUUGGACCAGAAUUGGCCAUGUUUCACCAAAAGAACAUUUGCUGGAGUUGGUGGGAAAGAAACUACAACUUCUCCAGUGGGAUGGCUGGGCCAACCUUCACAUGAGCUGGACCCUGUUCUGGUGCCCAGUUUGUAUUGCCUGGGGUUCAAAGGCUGAUACUUGGUACUUUUUAAAGAGAAAAACCAAAACAAUCCCUCAGAAAAGUGAGCUGACAUCCCUGAGUGCCAAGUUCAGCACACACACUCAUCAGCUGAUCUAGAACAGCAUGACUGUGCCUUCUCUGCAACAUCAAGUUUGAAAAGUUUGUUAUGUCAUUGGAGCAGGAUUUGUCUUCUUAAUCUGGAAGCCAAAUAGACAGAAAGUCCUCUUGUUACUGAGAUUGAUGCUGCUUUCUAUGCAGCUUUAAAAAAAAAAAAAAAAAAAAGAAAAAAUAAUGUGCUGUGUCCUGAAUACAAAGGAUACAAGAAAAACAGUUGUGGUGUCCCAGGUAAAUAAUGUUGUUUGGUGUAAUGAUUUAAACCCCAGGUUAUAAUUGUGAGAAGUCCUCUUGGCUAUUUGUCCUGGUGUCAUGGGCCUAUGACCUGGCUCAGUGUGACAGAUACUGAAGGGGUCCCUGAUGAUUAGUGUAUCUGCAAAAUGUUCCUUAUAUUUUUAAGUUGAUAUUCCUGUAAACUUCACUUUUUCUUUCUGUCUGUAAACUCAGAUUGGUUCUUUAAACUCAAUAGCAACACCCUCAUAGACAAAAACUGCAGAGAAAUUCAGUUUGUAAAUUACGGUACCAGUAAGCCCAUGGAGCUGGGCACAAUGUAUUUAGUCUGCACUUAAAGGAAGACACCCCCAGACUCCUCAGGCUGCUCAUCUGCAUCAUGAGAGAAGCUGAGCAGUACAAGGACUCUCUGCUGUGCUCCUCAAUCUGUGGAAAAGCAAUUUGUUUUCCCCUUAAACUUCCUGUGACUUUUGUUCUUCAUUU